GACUGGUAUGUGCAGAACCUGCCAUUCACACACACCAUAAAGCAUUUAAUUAAUUAAUUAAUUAAAUGUUUGUUUGGAAUAAAUCUGUUACAAUUUUUUUUAAUAAAAAUUAUAAUAUUGUAGGUAGUCGCAGUCAAAACUUUGCAAACGCAGCAAACCAAUGCGCCCAGAAGUAACCCUGCGUCACCCUCGUCCUUCGUCGGAAUGCUCAGCCGUCGAGUGCUAGAGGAACUCGGAAUCGCCGUAAACGUGAAGCACGAGAACAUCAUACGGACGUUCCAAGUGAUUGUCGAGUCCGACUACAAAUGCUACCUAAUAAUGGAGGCAUGCGCGACCGAUCUCCUGACUCUAAUCCAAAGCCACUCAGCCGCCAGAAACACAGUUACCACGAGGGGCGGGGUAGAAGGAAGCUUUUUGUCAGACAACAUGGUGAACAACUAUUUUGCUCAGCUCGUUCGCGGAGUCCAACACCUGCAUGGCCUAGGGAUUGGGCAUAGGGACUUGAAACUGGAUAACGUGUGUGUGACGGAGAAUGGUGUUUUGAAAAUUGUCGAUUUCGGCUGUGCCACUUUAUUUCGGCGGCGACAGCCAGCUCAGCAGCAGGCUCAGCAAAAUCGGAGUUCCGAUGCGUGCACUUCAUUGGCGGAGGGCCACCAAUAUCAUAAGCACAAAAACGCACAUUAUCGCGCGGCGCCUUACUCGGUGACAAGGCCGAGGCAAACUGCAGCGACUGUACCAGAAUCAGUAAAUCCGGAUGUCUAUCAUUACGCUGAGACCUUUUCCUCGGGUGUCUGUGGUUCUGAUCCGUACAUGGCACCGGAGAUAUUCCAGGACACGAAUUACAGCGCGCCAAAGGUGGAUAUUUGGGCGCUGGCGAUUAUGUACUUUGCUAUGUGCCAUUUGCAAUUCCCCUGGGCUGCCGCCCAGCCAUCCCGUGAUCCACGGUAUGCAAACUUUGCGCGUAAUUCGGGUGCGUUUUUUGAUACUUGGUUUCCCACCAAGGAAAGUACAUGGUCGUCGCGGGUGAGCUUUUUGGCUACGCAAAAAAUAAACAGCUGCAAUAAUGAUGGUGGCGGUGGUAGAAUGCAGGGCAGCACGGUUGCGGAUACGGGUGCGGCGUGUCGGGUAAGAGAUAUUAUCGGUCGGAUGUUGGAUCCCAAUCCGGAAGUUAGGGCGGACAUUGAGGAGAUUGCGGCCGACCCAUGGUUUCUGUCAUUGGGUGCUGUGGCGAUCAAACCCGCAGCAAAAAACCGCCUAAAAAUUUAAAAUAUAACAAAAAAAAGAACUCAACAAUUAUUAUAAACUUUUUUUUUUACCCACAGGUGUGUCUUUUCGGAGCACCGCAGCAGUAUUAGUACAAGCAAUUACUUUUGAAAGACAGUUAAGACAAUCAAGGGGGUUUUCCUUUUUUAUUUUGCUGUUUACUGUUUGAGAAAAUUAGGCGUCAAGGGGGGCGGGAAGGAGGGGGGAGCGUGCAGGCAAGAAUAAAUAAAUAAAGAAAAGAUAUUAGUAUAAAUAAACAAUUAUUUUCUGCGUGGACCCGCGCGUAUUACGUGGAAGAAAAAUGAACUAAAAAAAGGCUUGCAUGUGUUAAAAUAUUUUUUCUUCUAAUUUAAAAAGAAUAAUUAGAAUUUUUUUUCGUGCAUGUGUGGCACAAACAUAAUUUUGAAGAAAAAUUCAAGCAAUGGAUUGUUCCUUUGUGGAAGCACAAAGAAGC